AAUUUCCAGAAAUUAAAGAAAAACACGAUUGAAGAAAAAAAAGGAAUUAAUAAAUUUCUUUCUUCAGUAAAUAAAUAAAUUUUAUUGAAUUAAAUGUCCAUUUUUCAAUAAAGUUAUAACAAAACAAAUAUAUAAAAUAUGUCUUAUAAUUAUGAGGAAAUGAGUUGGGCCGAUGUUCGUGAUUUAUUUCGUAAAUGGCGCGAAGAUAACGAACGCAGAAGUGACGAAGUUAUUCAACUUUGGAUAGCAAUUCUCGAGGAUAAAAUUCGUAAAGUUGGCAAUGAGAGGCAUUUAAUUUUGGAGCAAGUCAUCAUCGCUGCCCUAGAUGUGGCACGUUUUGAUAUUGCUGUCGAAUGUACUAAACGACUUUCGCUUGAAUUCCCUGGCAGUCUGAGGGUGCAGAAGUUCAAGGCAAUGCGAUUGGAGGCAUUGGAGCGAUACGAUGAAGCUUUGGAUGUCCUCGAUGCCAUAAUCAAGAAGGACGAAACAAAUGCAGCUCCGAGGAAGAGAAAAAUUGCUAUUUUAAAAGCGAAAGGCAAACGAACAGAGGCUAUACGAGAAUUAUGUGAAUAUUUAAAAAAAUUUAUGUCCGACCAAGAAGCUUGGCAUGAAUUGUGCAAUUUAUAUUUGGCUGAAGGAGAAUAUGCUAAAGCUGUUUUCUGUAUGGAAGAAGUACUAUUGCACAAUCCUCAUAGCCAUUUGAUUCAUCAAAGAAUAGCAGAAAUACGUUAUACAAUGGGAGGAAUGGAAAAUAUUGAAAUAGCUAAGACUUACUAUGCGCAGGCUGUAAAACUUAAUGCAAAGAACUUAAGAGCGUUAUACGGACUAUACCUAUGUUACAAUUUCAUUGCGAAUUCGAGAGCUGUUAUAUCAAAGCGAAAGGAAGCACAAAAAAUGGCUCAAUGGGCACUCGAACAAGCCACAGCUAGAACGACGAAAUCAUCGAAAAUUGCUAAUAAUGAAAAAUAUAUUUCUGCAUUAGAAAAUGCUUUCGGCAGCAUGGAAUUAAAAUCCAAUUGACAUGAAUUUGUUAAAAUUUGCCAAAAAACUUGCUUUGCAUAGUUUUCAUUUUAUAUAAUUCCAAAAACAAAAUACACCUAUAAUCUAUCCAAGUGUGUUUAUCUUGUCUUUCAAAAGAAA